AUGGCUACUGGCAAUAUUUUGUCCACAACAAGAACACCACCAGGAGUAUACGCCUCUUCGUCUAAUCCUCGAGCCAGACCUUACCGACCACCCUAUAAUUUCACGGCAUCUGAUACUGUUUCUGAGACUGCUUCCAACAGUCAUGGUUUCGAGGACGUGUUCAAACGAAGAAAGAAUUUCCGGAAUGACCUUGUUGGGCGCGAACAGACUGUUUUUGGUGAUAUCUUAAAAGUGACAGGUCUGAAAUCAACUACCACUAUCCAACCGAGAGUAUCAUCAAUCUACAAUUCCACGUUUUGGAAGAACAGUCUGAACGUCCCCUAUAGGCAGAAUAAUCAUCUCAUUGAAAAAUACACUCCGCUCAGCUCUACAAAUAACCCAGCUAUUGGAUCAAGCUUGAAGAUUGAAAAUCCCAUCAGGCCAUAUGUUAAUAAAGCUACGUCUUCAACAAACACGUCUGACAUUCCCUUUGGCCAAAAUGCACGUACUAUCCAUAAUUUUACUCAUCUUCCCUCGAUUGGCCUUGGAAAAUCAUCUAGUAACAAAUCUACCGAACUCCCAAUUAUUGACAAUUCAAUCAGCAAAAUUUCAAGCUUCCGGAAGUCGUCUGAUUUCUUGGGGUCACUUUCCAUUGCUUCGAACGCAGUACAUAACUUCCUUAACGCCAAGUCUAAUUGGUCAGCCAAAUAUAUCAAAUCGCUUUGA